GACUGACCAACAAAUGGACUGUGCGUUGGACUUGAUGCGGAGGCUGCCUCCGCAGCAGAUUGAGAAGAACUUGACAGAUUUGAUUGAUCUGGUGCCUAAUAUGUGCGAUGACCUGCUAUCUUCAGUAGAUCAGCCUCUAAAGAUUGCUCAGGACCGUAGCACGGGGAAGGAUUACUUGUUGUGUGAUUACAAUAGGGACGGAGACUCGUACAGAUCGCCAUGGUCGAAUACUUACGACCCUCCACUGGAAGAUGGGUCUAUGCCUUCAGAGAGGCUGAGGAAAUUAGAAAUCGAUGCGAAUCACGCGUUUGACCAGUACAGAGAGAUGUACUUCGAAGGUGGAGUGAGCUCUGUGUACCUGUGGGACAUGGACCAUGGGUUUGCUGGUGUAAUAUUGAUAAAGAAGGCAGGCGAUGGUUCCCAAAAGAUCAAAGGUUGCUGGGACUCAAUUCACGUAGUGGAGGUGAUUGAGAAGAGCUCGGGUCGGAAUGCUCACUACAAACUCACAUCAACGGCCAUGUUGUGGCUGCAGACCAACAAGGAGAGCAGCGGGACCAUGAACCUUGGAGGCAGUCUUACCAGACAGGCGGAACAGGACUCAGCAGUGAGCGACGUGACGCCCCACAUCGUGAACAUCGGCCGCAUGGUCGAGGACAUGGAGAACAAGAUCAGGAACACGCUCAACGAUAUCUAUUUUGAUAAGACCAAGAACAUAGUGAACGGUCUCCGGUCAGUGCUGCCAGUUGAGGUGGAGCGACGCAAGGUGGCGCUGCACCACGACUUGGCCCUCGCUCUCCAACGCCGGCACGUGGCACGCGACGACUGA